GCAGCGACGGCGACGGCGGGUGGCGGUUGCCGGACACACGUCUUCUCUCGCCGCACGAAUACUUUUGCCUCGCUUUCCGCGUAUUCACAUCGGCUCUCUCGGACACGUCGCGUUCGUAACGUUCGGAAGGUGAGAAGAGGAGUGUAAUAUUCCGCGAGAGCGGUGCGCGUCCCAGACGUAUACACGCGUACACCGUCCCCACGAUAUAUACCGUUCAUAAUAGUCUGUCUGUCCUCUUCAUCGUUCGCGAGGUGAAAACGGUGGUACCAGAUCGAAUUGAUCUAUCGACGAAAAAUCGAUGCGUAUUCAAGACAGCCGCAACGGUCCUACACGCGCGUAAGCUUCCUUGGCGUACACGGUGGUGGUAAAAAUUGGUGUCGGUGAUGGUGAUUACUAGUGGUCGGUGGUGGUCCAUUCUGCGACGCGGUGUUACCGGCCACGGCCGGUGGCAUCCAUCAAGGUAGAAAAAAAAAGAAAGCCAAGGUGAGAAGGAAGACAGCUCUUUUUCUCGCGUCAAACCGGCGCGCGGACGGUUCGAUUGAGUUAACCAAGGGCGCGCGCCACGCGAUCGAGCAAGAAAGAGGGAAACGUCACACAUACUUAAUCACUACUAAUCCUACUAGCUGAAAGAAGUAGAGUGACGGAUCGAUCUUUUUGAUAGAUCGGGAGAAUAUUAACGCAUUAUUCACACAUCUUUAACACGCGCGCUAUUUACAUUGGGAAAAAGAGAGAAAGAGAGAGAGAAAGAGAUACUUAAUUGCUCUCGGAAUAAUAAUACUUGGAGUGAUCGAGGAUUGCGGCAGUAAUUUUAACCAUAAUAAUUACGUUGAACGAUACAACCACAGGCGAGGACACGCAGUGCGGCACCGAGGAUUCUGCCAUCGCCCAGGGAGGCGACCAGCUCCAGAGGAUGACUAUGGACGGCGUAGAGGUGGUGGGCUCGCAGCCGCACGCGGCCACCAGCCCGUUUCUGCUCUCCUCACCACCACUGGGUCAUCAUCAUCAUCAUCAUCACGCGACGUUCAAUCUGCCGGUGCAGCUUAGCUUCGACGCGUGUUUACCGUACAAUGCGGCCUCCUCGUCCAGCUCGGUCACUUGCGGCGUUAGCGGGACAUCCGUGAACGCGACCUGUACGAAUUCGUCCUCUACCAGCUGCGGCAAGACAAACACACCGCAGCUCUCCCUGUCCACAAACGUGCCGUUACAUAUGCAACUUCAAAUCAGCUCAACAACCCCCACGGAACACAACCACGAACGGCAUCAUCAGCAUCAUCAUCGAUUGGACGAUCAUCAUCAGCAUCAGCUGCACCCCAAUGCCUCGUCUCCGUCCACCGAUAUCGCGGACGGAAAGCGACACCGGCAACCCGACGACGAUGACAAGAGUUGCAUCAGGAAUUGCAGGGGCGAUAUUCACGAUACGAAUGAUAAGGAUAAGCCCGGCGACUUGAACACGCCGGUUACCACCAGCAGCGACCUACCGUCUUUCUUCGGGCCCUCCGCGCUUGUCGAACCGCCACCAAUCUCAGGCAGCCUGGCGAGCGAGGAUCUCUCUCUAGAAGAGGCGACCGCGGAGGAAGACGAGAACGGCCCGUCCGCCGGUAGGGAUCAUCGGCAUCAUCACCAUCAGGACGCGCGAAAUGCCGUCACGUCGAACGCACCUUCCUCGAGCAGUCCGCCGUCGCGCCACCACCAAACCCAGGACGAGGCGGAUCGCUGUAACGCGCUGCAGAGUGGUGUAAUUUUAUACUCACCGCAUUCCACGUCUACCGCGCCCGCGACGAGCGUGAAUAUCUGCAAUGUACCGACGUUGACCUAUCGCGGCGUCUUCACCACGACCUGUACGCAAUCCUCACCUCUGAGCAAUCUCCAGGGCGACCAGCAGCAGCAACCGCAACAGCCGGGUCAAGAGCUGUGGGCGCCAUUACCGUCACCAACCUUAACCUUGGCGGGCCAGCCGUUCCUUCACCCCAACCUACACUCGACCGCGUACAGCGGCGAAACCGUCGAAUUGCUGCAGGUCGAUUCGAAGCCACCCCCACCGCCUGGUUAUCACGACACGGCGACCACCACCUCCACGACCUGGCUGACGGGUCACGAGGAUGCUUACGAUCCCGGUCUUCUCUCCCACCAUCAUUCUCACACCCAUCACCAGGAGACAACGUUGAAGCAGGAGCCAACCGGUACCGGUUACACUCCAAAUGUACAACAGCCGCAACAAACUCAAACACAAGCUCAACAACAACAACAACAACAACAACAACAACAACAACAACAAGCUCCAUCUGGCACUUGCGGUAACGCAGGAGUCCAGCUGGCCGAAUACAAUCCGAGCACGUCGAAGGGCCACGAGAUCCUUUCUCAGGUCUAUCAGCAAAGCGCGAUACCACUCCGAUUGGUUCCCGUGAAACCGCGAAAGUAUCCGAAUCGACCGAGCAAAACGCCGGUCCACGAGCGACCCUACGCCUGUCCGGUGGAUGGCUGCGAUCGCAGGUUCUCCCGCAGUGACGAGCUUACUCGACACAUACGUAUCCACACCGGGCAGAAGCCGUUUCAGUGUCGCAUCUGCAUGCGUUCGUUUUCGAGGAGCGAUCACCUAACUACCCACGUGCGCACGCACACGGGUGAAAAACCGUUUUGCUGUGAUCAGUGUGGCCGAAAGUUUGCCAGGAGCGAUGAGAAGAAGCGUCACGCGAAGGUACAUCUGAAGCAGAGACUGAAACGCGAGGCGUCUCACGCUAAUCCAAGAACCCACCACCAGAGCCACGCGUCGUCACCUUGCAAUCAAUGAAUUCCAUGACAACGAUGUUGAAAAAAAAUCAUCUUUAACGUCUGAGAUCUCAUUACGUUUGUCACGUUCUGACAAGUUGUGAUCUAUGU